UUUAUUUUAAAGCUGAGAAAAUUCUUUGACGUCGUAAAGUAUUGUUUCUAAGAUGCAUGCAGACAUGGUUCAUUUUUAUAUUUCUCUGUUCUAUUUGCUGUGCGGAACCUCUUCUUCUGUACGUGUCCAUUUCCCACCUGUUGUUCCCGGGGAUGUGGCACCGCCUCCACCUCCUUCAUGUGAUGAAUGUGGACCUCCCAUAAUGGUAAAAUUCGUAUAUAAUGGAGAUGAAGUCAAAAGCACAGAAAAAUAUCCUUGGAUAGUAAGUUUCAUGGAAAAAGGUAAUUCAACGCAUAAAUUCUGUGGUGGAAUGUUAAUAUCUGAGAAGUUCGUCAUCACUGCUGCACACUGCAUCGACAUUGAAGAGAAGAGGCCGCAUAAAGAGUGUUUCAAAGAAAACGGGGACAAAGAGUGUUUCAGGCCGCCUGAAAGCAUUUAUGUUGGUCUUUUUUACGAGAAAGAGUCAACUGACGUUAUGGCAGUGGAAGUAAAGAGCAUUGUACCACAUCCAAAAUACACACCGCAAACGUACGUCAACGACAUCGCUCUGGUGGAACUGAAGGAAGCUAUCGACUGUAAGGGAAUAGCAAAACCAAUAUGCAUUCCUUAUAAAAAUCUAAACAAAGAAGGCCAAGAAUUAACUAUUUCUGGAUGGGGUAAAUACAACGAUAACGAAAAGAGUGAACAAAAGUUGAUGGAAGGUAAAGUGCAUCAAGUUGAUGAAAGUGAAUGUCUAAUAAUGGCAGGCGAAAAUCGUCAGAUUAUAUGUGCUAUCGGAGAGAAAACUAAUCAGUCAUCUUGCCAGGGGGAUUCAGGAUCAGCCAUUUUUCAUUCUCUCCCGGUCGUCGAAGAAAUAAGAAGAAAAACACCGACACCCGAACAGUUCUUCGCCUUGGGAGUGACGUCUGUGGGUCCGCCCGAUUGCAGUCCAGAAGACCCCGAUGCCUACACAGAUAUUUUUUCUUACCGGAAAUGGAUACAAUCUAUUGUUAAGAAUCUGCCCAAAUCUCUCAAUGAAAAAUACAUGGAAGAAAACGGGAAAGAAGAAGAAUUAGGAAAGAAAAAAGGGAAAUAGGACGAAGAAUAAGAAACUUUAAAAUAAAAAGAGAAAACUGAAAAUAAGGCAGAUAGAAGAAUCAAAUGGAAUACAUUACCAGCUUCCAAGCUUAUGAAAGAAUUCUUUCGAAUUCCUUGGAUUAAAUCUACUAGCAACAAUCAUGCCUUCCGUUUGAGAGAUCUUUCUAUCCAAAAUAAAUGAUAAAUAUUUGAUUUCAGUUUUCAUAUUAACAAAAUCAUUUAUGUCUUAUAUAUUGUUUGUAAAUGUGUUCUAACUAAAAGA